AUGAAUUUCGUGGGCUCGCUGACGGCCGAUGGCCAGAGUAACAACCAUAUCGGAGAUGUCAUUAACGUUCAUUUCUCCGUGGCAGGAACACCCGACAGCGAACUACUCAGCAGCCUCUACGUCACCGAUCCAUCAAAUGACCUGCAGUCUCUCAAACGGAAAAAGGGAAACAGAGUCGAAGGUACCUGCGAGUGGAUCCUUACGACUCCACAGCUUGUCAAGUGGAUAGAUAUCCCGGAUGAUUCUUCCGUGGAACCUGUGUCCCGCAUACUGUGGCUCCAUGGGAGACCUGGUCAAGGGAAGUCGACAUUGGCUAUGUACAUCACGGAGGCAUUGACCGCAUCGUUCAAAGAUGAUUCGACGAAAGCAUUGAGCUACUUCUUCUGCGACGCAAGUUAUGCCACUAGGACAACUGCCAACUCCAUUCUUCGAGGGCUACUGUGGCACUUCUACACUUCGGAUCCUGAGCUCAUCCCGGCUUACGCGAGACAGCGUUACAGCCAGCUCAGAGACAAGUUAUUUCGCGACUUCGACUCCCUUUGGACCUUGUUCUUGGAAACGGUCGCAGCGAACGCUUCUCGCCAGUUCUAUUGCAUAAUUGACGCAUUGGAUGAAUGUGGCGAAGAGUCCAGGGUCGAUAUUCUGCGGCAAAUCGAACAAACUUUUGGAACUGGCCAUGGACCAACAAACUUGCAUUUUCUACUUCUCAGUAGGCCUUACGCUUACAUCCGAGACUAUCUUGGCCAAUUCGAAAGCCUAGACCUUGCGUCUCUCCCUCAGGUCAAGAAAGAUGUUAGGCAGUACAUCAGUCUCGAGCUAGAGAAGCUCACCAAGCUGAAACAAUAUCCUUCAAGUCUUAAAGAAAAGGUCAGAUCUGCUUUGGAACGAAGGGCUGAAGACACUUUCCUCUGCGUUGGCUUCACCUGCCGCGAAUUGCGGCCCAUUCCUUCGAUCGAUGUGCUUGACUUUCUCAAAGGGUUGCCCGCAGAACUAGAAGGGUCUUACCAAAGGGUUUUCGCCUCCCUUCUUGACCCUAAUAAGCCCAAGGCUGCUGACGUACAAAGAAUGCUGACGAUUGUGGCAACCUCUGCACAUCCACUGACAAUAUUGGAGUUGGCUGACGCUUGCGGUUUCGAUGUGGACGAAGAUAUCGAAACCAGAAUGCAAUAUAUGCGCGACCGGGUAAACCACUGCCUCUUGAUCAUCGAUAUCGUACCAGAUGGGGACGACAGUCAGGGCAACACUAUCUGCAAUCGGCUGAGUCAAUUCAGCAUGGGAGCUCAGUCCCGAGACGAACGGGUUGUUCUCUUGCAUCAGACAGUGAAGCAGUUCAUGUUUACAUCAAUACCUGGACUUUUCAACGGCGGCAAAGAACAGUCACAUGCUAUCACCGCCUAUGGAUGUCUCGAUAAGGUUGUUACCUGUUUAUCGGAGAGCCGGGGCUUCCGGGAACACGGCGGUUGGCUCAGAUACGCGAUCCAUUACUGGCCUUAUCACGCUCGACUCGCUGGGGCGUGUUUUCAAGUUCAAAAGGCCCACGAGCCAUUGUUUCUGGAUCCGUCACCACUGCGACGCAAAUGGCUAACAUGGGUGGGCGGCUAUGACCCCGACGUGGUCAUUGCUGGGCAUUCGACAGGGCCGGCCUUGCCCGUUCUGAACGUGGCGGCCCUAUGGGGAAUCCCAAGUCUAGUCGACUAUGUUUCUGGCCGAGCCUCCCCGGGUUUGCAAGUCGAUCUCGCGCAGCGUGAUCAUGACGAUAUCAUUACCUCUGUGCAAUCACCAUUAACAGACGCUGCGGUGGGAGGUUCAAUCAACACAUUUCGAAAGCUCCUAGAGCUUGGCAUCCCACUGACGGAGGAGACUAUUGCCUCUGCUGCAAUGCAGGGGAAAGGGAGGAUAUUGCGCACACUACUGGAAUCCCGAGGCGACGAGAUCAGGCAGCGAAGCGACCUAGCCAACUGUGCCGCUACGUAUCUCAGCUCCAGCGAAAUGGCCUUCACUGUGGAUCACCCAGAUUUUACGAUAACAGAACCACUAUUCUAUGGUGCCAUGGUUAACGAAGAUCAUGGCCAUGAGGUGCUUUCGAUGUUGUUAUCCCGCACCCCUAUAGACGCCAUCUCAGCCAAAUCGCUGCUCGAACAGACAAUUGAAGACUCGAGCGUGGAGUCAGUCAGGUUCCUGACGGACUAUUUUGGCAAUCGUCUUGCGAUAGAGACACCAAUGGUGUUGAGGGCCGCCGAAAACAUCUCGUACGGGCCUGAGAUUAUCAAACUCUUAUGCGAGCGUUACCCUGAUAUCAAGUUAUCCGACGACAUCAUCAUAGCCAUCUUGAAGUUGCACGAACUUGAGGCAUCCCACAUCCAUGAUGUGUUGAAGGUGCUGUUCAAGUUGCUUGGGCCGAACUUUCGAACCACGAAGCAAAUUUUGCUACAUGCUGCUCAAGCCGAGUUUGAGUUUGACGACGAAGCAGUUGUAGUCGAACUCGUUCUGGAUCAUGCCAAUAAUAGCAUGGAAAUCACACACGACAUCUUCAUGGCCAUGGCGCAAAACUCGAAUGCAGGGGAAUCCAUUCCGCUGCUUUUCAAUCGCUACGGAGCCAUGAUAGACCUCAGAGACGAUAUUUUACGUGCUGCAAUCCCUCAUUUGCCCGCAAAACAAUUAUCCUCUGUAUUGGCUGCCGCCGGCAUCCUAAUAACUGAAGAGAUUGUUGCCGUUGCUGCAGAGCACUGGAGUCGAAUCCAGUUUGCAGAACUUCUACAAAACGUGGACUCGCACAUUCAGGUUACUGACAAGAUCCUGGUUGCUGCUACUCAUAAUGCAAACUGCGGACAUUACAUUUUGCUUACCUUGUUCAGGAGACAGGCUCAAAAUGACACAGUCAGCAUCAAAAUACUCGAAGGUGCCUUAAUGAGCACUAAUGAGGCCAUCAUGUCCGUCAUACUCAAGCGACGAGGAGAAGCAAUUCAUCUCGACAAAGAAUUGAUACAAGGGUGGCUGCGAAGCGAGCAGACCUCCGGGAAAGCAUUGAAAUUCUUGUUAGAAUACAAAACAAGCGAAGUGAACAGCAUUGUCGACACGAUGUCUCCCGAAGAGCAGGUCGAAUUCAUGGAAGAACGCUCGAAACUCUUUAAGCGUUUUGAGCACGACUCUUGGGACGACGUGUUUUGGGUGGAGGGGGCGAAGGGAUGA